UAGGGGCUUAUCUAGGGCUAAGCUAGGGGGACGGACAAAUAGCAAAGCCAGCCUCAAUCCAGCCAGCCGGGCUAAGGGCACAGAAAGCCAUCUGUCCCUUCUCUGUGCAAUAAUUGACAACAAAGGGGGUCAAACAUUUAACGAGGACUGUAAAACUAGGGGACUAUUCAUUCUGGAGUGACAAAGAAGAGAGGAAGAGGAACAAAUAUUUAUACUAAAACAGCAGGUGUGGCAUGCCGGCAAAGCGUUGUCUUCAUCUAUUGGUGUAGAGUGUUGUAUGAAGCUGAGUGUCUAGACCGUUGAUAAGUGUGAAUAUGUCUGACAAGGAAGGUGGGGCCUCAGAAGGGGGUCUGAAUGUUACCCUCACGUUACGGCUUCUGAUGCAUGGGAAGGAAGUGGGCAGCAUAAUUGGAAAGAAAGGGGAAACCGUCAAAAAGAUGAGAGAGGAGAGUGGCGCUCGCAUCAACAUUUCGGAGGGAUCUUCUCCAGAGAGGAUUGUUACCAUCACAGGACCAACAGAGGGCAUCUUCAAAGCUUUCUCUAUGAUCGCUGAGAAGUUUGAGGAGGACAUUACAGCUGCAAUGACAAACAGCACGGUAACAAGCCAUCCUCCAGUGACACUCCGCCUUGUGUUCCCAGGGAGUCAGUGUGGCUCCUUGAUAGGCAAAGGAGGCUCCAAGAUCAAGGAGAUCAGAGAGACCACAGGUGCUCAGGUGCAGGUUGCAGGGGACAUGCUGCCAGAAUCCACUGAGAGAGCUGUCACUAUCUCAGGCACUCCUCAGGCCAUCACACAGUGUGUCAGACACAUCUGCUCUGUCAUUCUGGAAUCACCACCCAAAGGAGCAACUAUCCCAUAUCGCCCCAAGACCAUGCCAGGAGCCGGCCAUCCACUAUUUCAACAACAACAACAACAACAACAACAACAACAACAUGCUUCACAAGCCUUCACAAUUCAAGGACAGUAUGCGUAUCCACAUCAAGAUUUGACCAAGCUUCACCAGUUGGCUAUGCAGCAUAUCCCCCUCCCUUCCCUUGGGCAAAGCAACCCUACCUUCCCUGGAAUGGAUGCCUCUGUCGCCACAAGUUCUCAGGAGCUGGCGAUACCCAACGACUUUAUUGGCAGCAUAAUUGGCAGACAAGGCAGCAAGAUCAAUGAGAUUCGCCAGGUGUCAGGAGCUCACAUCAAGAUAGCCAGUGCCACGGACGGAUCGCCCAUGCGCCAAGUCACAAUCAUAGGCUCUCCUACCAGCAUCAGUGUGGCACACUACCUCAUCAAUGUCAGCUUAGAGAUGGCUAAAUACACCAUGCAGGCUGCUUCCUCUGCGUCAUCUGUUGACCUCAACAAUAUGAGCUUCUCUCAGUCUGCUCCCACUGUCUCCACACCCACCUCUAUGGCUGUCAUGGCCGCCACCACCCAAGUCCCUGGCACCAUUAACAUGCACUCCCCCUCCACCUUACAGUCCAUCCCCACCCAGCACUAUGCCGUCCCCGUUUCCAGUCUGCUUGGCAUGAAAACGCUCCCUAUGCUGGCUAUGCACCCAGCAGCUGCCUCAGGGCUCCUGCAAGGUCUAUCCCCUUACACCACUAAGAUUCCUACUGCUGGCAUGAAAAAACCUGAGCGCCAGAAGUUUGCCCCAUAUUGACAUAUGGGAUAAGAAUUGAAUUCCUCUUCCAAAAACACGUUUGGGGUCAGUACUGCAUAACACUUGUUCCCUGUUGCAAAGCUUGAUUAAGAUAUAUUGACUGUAUGCAGAGGCCUCAUGCCCGUAGGGGGGACAGGGGCGUGUUCCCCCUCAGAUUUGUCUUGUUGAAAAAUAUGUUGUUGUUGUUUCUCUGUGAUACUACUAGCCACCUAGCAAUUUUAUGAAGUUGGCUUUAGGUAGCACAGAUAGGUUCCCAAUCUCCUACCCUCAUUACUAGCUACCAAGAAGCCAUUUCAGGAUAUAAAUCAAGUUAGAGUAGCUCGUUGGCAAGGUUUCCUGCUGGCAAGAUUGCUACACUUUAGAAAAGCAAGCAGUUGCUAAAUGUACUGAAUAAAACUCACAUGAAUUUAUAUAUUUUACCCAGACUUUAGCAGAGCAGCAGAAAAGCAUAUAAGAGGUAUGCUGAGAUAUGCAGAAAAAAAUAAACAUAUUUUGGGCAUAUAAUUAAGCAUAAUGAUUAUUCUCUAGAUUGCAGGAUAAAGCUUUCAGCUGUUUGACACACACACACACACACACACACACACACACACACACACACACACACACACACACACACACACACACACACACACACACACACACACACACACACAGUAGUGUAAUAGUAUUGUUUGCAACUGUAACUAAAGCGAAAUACCUACUUGUGUAUCAGAACUCAAGCAUUUCUCAAGCUUACAGUAUGUGAUGCACAGAAACAGCGGAACCUUCCAGCAGAACAGUUUUCUCAGAUAUGAUGUAUUGUAUUUUGUUUUGAAUCGCUGUAAACAGUUGGCCAAUGAUGUGGUUAGGAAAAAGCCAGUUCCAAACCAGAAUUGACGUUGUACCAGCUGCAUUCUAUCGGUAGGGUAACACCCAAGUGUCAAGUAUUAUGACAUGGCCAUAACCAUGUCAUAAUAUGUCAUAACAGCUGACAUAAUGUGUCAUAACCUAUUAUAAUAUGGUCAUAACACUGUCAUGACCCAUAUAUUUACACCUCUUGUGACAUAUAUUGCGUUAUUUUAUGGCAGGUUAUGACACCUACAUCAGAGUGUCUAAACCCACAUUUAUUCAAAUGUAUUUUUUCACUACAAAGACGUUUCCUUUUGUUUGAAUGUUUCUUUCUUAAAUCCUUUGUUGUUGUGGUAAUAUAUUUUUGUUACAGUCAUGCUUCUUUUUUAUCGUCAUUUUUCAAAAAUGAUCUCGUAGAAAAUGAAGUUUAUUGCACUGCCGUGAAGCAUGAUGACCUCCCUGUGACACUUUACGUGGACUAAGAAAAUGCAAUUUAUGAAACUGUCACGAAGCAUCCGGCCUAUCACGUGCAUGCCCUUAUAUCAGUCAUCAAUCAAAAAGAGGGUGUCUUGUCCUGCUCCUGCAAUCUGAUCGUGCAUUCAUCCCAGUCAUCAGCAACAGAGCAUUGGGGUAGGUGCACGUCCGACAUCAAUGUGUGCGCAAUUCAAAUUCUAAUUGAACAUGGUCCAUUUUUUAUUUAUUUUUAAUAUCACAUACAUAAACAUACUGUUGACACGUAGGCUAGGAUGUAAUGGAAUGUUUUGCCUUGUGUGGUAGCUUUUGAGGGUUUUGACACUCUUAUGUAGGUGUCAUAACCAGCCAUAAAAUAACGCAAUAUAUGUCACAACGGGUCUAAAUCUAUUAUAACAGGUUAUGACAAGUUAUGUCAGCUGUUAUGACAUGUUUAUGACAUGUUUAUGACCGCGAACGUGAACAUUUAUGACGUUGGUUGUCAAGUAAAGUUAUUACAGUGAAGUUUACUGUAACAAUGGUUUUUCCGCUUGGUCAUGUUUUUUCCUCCUCCUCCAAUAGGCUCUCGUCAGUGGUUACAGACUUGGGUGCUCUGUAGUAUUGUUGCACAUGCAGUGCUGAAGGGAUUACUCUAAAGCCACGUUGGAUUCUUGUGGCUUUGAAUCUACACAAAAAUCCUGUAGAGUGGGACUGGCCUAACUAAUUCCUAUAGUUCUGUUUUUGCCGCUUGGUUUUCUCAGAACUGAAGUCAAAAUGAACAAACCUCUACAGUCCAAUUCAUAUUCCACUCUGCUCUCAAUAUCUGUGGUUGAUGCAGAACACUAUUGUAACCACGUUAUGUUUAUGCUCGUGUUUUUAAUUAGGUUCUACUCUUAGCUUUGUUGAUGAGCUCUUAUGAUUUGUUAUAUUUGUCCCAGACAUGAAAUUACUUUGAAAUAAAUCAAGCUUUUUACGAAUA